CGGUUACCCCCCCCCCCCCCCACACCACACUUUGACCUCCUCCUCCUUCUUUCGUGCGAAGAGCUCGGGGAGAAGCGAAGCUUGAUGGACGGCGAUUCGUGGAGCGCGCGGCUGUCCUCGGCCUCGAGGCGGUACCAAUCCGCUCUCCAAUCGAGAUCCGAUAUGUUUAUGGGGUUUGAAGAAUUCGAUGGAGAUUAUGAUAUAAGAGAGGAGUUUCCUUGCCCAUUCUGUUCCGAGUUCUUUGACAUCCUGGGCUUGUGCUGCCACAUAGAUGAUGAGCACCAGUCGGAGGCAAAGAAUGGGGUUUGUCCAGUUUGUGCAAUGAGAGUGGGGUUCGAUAUGGUUGCACACAUUACCUUACAGCAUGGAAAUAUUUUGAAGAUGCAGCGUAAGAGGAAAUCACGUAAAGCUGGAUCUCACUCCACACUUUCUUUGUUGAGGAGAGAACUACGAGAAGGGACUCUCCAUUCCCUUCUGGGGGGCUCGUCCAGUAUGCCUUCUUCAACAAAUGUGGCUCCAGAUCCCUUGUUAUCAUCCUUUAUUGUGCCUGUUGCUGGGAAUCUCUCCAGUUCUCAGCCAUCCCUUCAAAUAUAUUCAAGCUCAGCCAAGAAAAGUUUGAAUGAAAAUGUGGCAGAAAGCCACAGUCAAGCGUCGCCUUUGUCGGACAAGGAUCGUGAAGAGAGGGCAAAAAGAAGUGAAUUUGUGUCUGAGCUAUUAUGGUCCACCGUCAUCGACGACAACUUAUGAGUAGGUGCAGAAUGGUGGGUGAUCUGGAGCUUACGUGACCAAGAAUCCGGCCUUGCAAUCUUUAUGGUCGGCCCGGGGUGAAUGUGUUAUCUGCUGAUGUAUUAAAAUAGGAAGCGAGAGAAUAAGUUUUAUAAGCUAAAAUGUAAUUCAUUGCUUGUCGACUUCGGUUUAGGCCCGAGGAAAAAUUGUUGUAUCGUCCAUGUUUGUUAUUAAUUAUUGUUAAGUUUAAAUGAGAAUGAAGUGCUUUGACGUGCAUAGCUCCUGUGUGAUGCUUGGACCUCUCAAAGCACUUUUCUUUCCGUCUA